AUGACAUACCUAGGCCACCAGAUUAAUUCUUCUCCUAGAAGGAGAGUGUUCUGGGGCCCUCUAGUCAAGCGAGUACGUUUGAAACUAAGCCUCUGGAAAGAACAAAUGCUUAAUAAGUCUGGGAGGACGGUGCUUAUCAAAUCAACUAUCAACAGCCUUCCACUUUACUGGAUGAAUUUGGCAAAAAUUCCAAGAGGUGUGAUUAGAGAAAUUGAUCUUGUUCGAAGACGGUUCUUUUGGAAGGAGAAUGCUUCUGGAACCUCACAAAUUAAGAAGAUGCAUUCUAUUAAUUGGAGGGUAAUCUGUCAACCAAAGGAAUUGGGUGGUCUUGCAUUGCAUUCUAUUCAUGAUCGAAAUGUUCUUCUGCUCUCAAAAUGGUUGUGGAAGCUUAAAAAGGACCGUACAAGCUUAUACUCACGAGUCUUGGUUGGCAAGUAUGGUGAAGAGCUGAUCGACAGUAUCUACUCUGGUACAUUUAACGGUCGGUUAAAUUCAUUAUCUGAUUUUAUUAGGGAUCUAGCAAAAAUCCCAGGAGAAUUCAGAGAUGGCACAUGGGACCAUGCUAAUUUUAAGUGGCAAGUACAAAAUGGAAACACAAUCCGUUUCUGGACAGAUUGGUGGAUUGGCUCGGAGUCCUUGAGCGCAAAAUUCCCAGAGUUAUUUGGAAUAUCAAAGUUUAGGUACAUCUCAGUAAAGGAGAUGUCUGCUAAGUGGAACCAGGCAGAUUUUGAUUCUUACUGA